AUGUCUAGUUCCUCAAAUCAACCAGAGCAAGAUCCCAAAACAAAAGCCUUGAACGGUUACAGAAGGAGACUCUUGGAGCACCGUGAACUGGAUGCUAAAUUGAAAGAAAUGCGUCUUGGUUUAAGAACACUUGAUAAAGAAUACGACAAAUCUGAAGACGACAUCAAGGCACUGCAAAGUGUUGGCCAAGUUAUCGGUGAAGUAUUGAAGCAAUUGGACGAUGAGCGUUUCAUCGUCAAAAACACAAGCGGCCCUCGUUAUGUUGUAGGAUGUCGUAAUACAGUUGAUAAAGAAAAGUUAAAGCAAGGUGCUCGUGUCGCUCUUGAUAUGACUACCUUGACCAUCAUGCGCAUUUUACCUCGUGAAGUUGAUCCCCUCGUAUACAACAUGUCAAUGGAAGAUCCUGGAGAUAUCAGUUUUGCAGGUAUUGGUGGUCUUUCAGAACAAAUUCGUGAGCUUCGAGAAGUCAUCGAGCUACCAUUGAUGAAUCCUGAGCUGUUUUUGCGUGUUGGUGUCAAGCCUCCCAAGGGUGUUUUGUUAUAUGGUCCUCCUGGUACUGGUAAAACCUUAUUAGCAAAGGCCGUUGCUAGUACACUUCAAGUCAAUUUUCUCAAAGUGGUUUCCAGUGCUAUUGUCGACAAGUAUAUUGGUGAAAGUGCUCGAUUGAUCAGAGAGAUGUUUGGCUAUGCAAAGGAGCAUGAGCCUUGUAUUAUCUUUAUGGAUGAAAUUGAUGCUAUUGGUGGUCGUCGUUUCUCUGAAGGUACUUCUGCCGAUCGUGAAAUCCAACGUACGUUGAUGGAAUUGUUGAAUCAAAUGGACGGCUUCGAUUAUCUUGGACAAACAAAAUUGAUCAUGGCUACAAAUCGACCCGAUACACUCGAUCCUGCAUUGCUUCGACCAGGUCGUCUUGACAGAAAGAUUGAAAUUCCCUUACCCAACGAGCAAGGUCGCUUGGAAAUCAUGAAGAUUCAUGCUGGUCAUAUUACAAAGCAUGGUGAUAUAGAUUACGAAGCUAUUGUCAAGCUUUCAGACGGUUUCAAUGGUGCUGAUUUGAGAAAUGUGUGUACAGAAGCAGGCAUGUUUGCUAUCAGAGAAGAGCGUGAUUACUGUAUUCAAGAGGAUUUCAUGAAGGCAGUAAGAAAGGUGCAAGAUGCAAAGAAAUUGGAGACCAAGUUAGACUAUGAAAAGAUUUAA